AAUAAAGGGUAGGUAAAGCCUGCUUACGAGCCAAAUGGCCCAUCGGGCCAGCGCUUAACUCCGUUUUCCGUAGCAGUGAAGCGACUUGGAAUAUUUCCACUUCCCCCUGGAUGGAAUGCCAGUCCAUCGCAAGGUUACCCCCAGCAUUAAAUUCGCCGGUACCCAUUUAUUCUACUUUCCUGGAUGAAGUGAGGCACGGUGAGAGCGAAGUGUCUUGCCCAAGAAUACAACACGUUGUCCUUGGCCAGGGCUCGAACCCAGACCACCCGAUCUGGAGUCGAGCGUAUGAGCCUUGAGGCCGCCGCACCUCACAAGGUAGUGAAGGGUUAAAUUAAUUCAUUUUGUAAUCAGCCUCAUCCAACAUGGUUUCAAGACUGAUUUAUCGACAAAAAAUAGCCCAAUAUACUAAAAUAAACGGACGGAUCGUCUUCGAGAGUGACAGAGAGUGGUUCUUAGUAAAGCAGUUAUUUUUAUUAUUAGUUAUCCUUUUUUGUCGCAGGCUUCCCUUGGUAUUCCGGAAGAAAUGAAAUAAAAAGCGAACACUCACACAAACAGAUGCAAAAACUGAGGACAAACACAGAUAGAACUGUAAACGGGCAAUUAUUUUGUCUACCUCGUUUUUCAGCACAAACAUGAUGCUUCUUGGUUACCCACAACUCCCUGUAAGCUUUUCAAUAGAGCCCACGCACCUCAUAAGCCAGCCGCAGUCUGUAUCGCCGCACGCUUAUAGUUGAUCGUGUCACGCUUUCUCGCAUCAAUAGCUUUUCGCUUUCUCUAAACAGUGUUUUCAACGUAAAGGAUUUUCAAAAUGCUUAGAAACUUCGUUGGAGGGUUAAUCUACAAUUUUACCCUUUUUUUUUGUUCAUUUUUUGGCUCUGUGUUUAUCAUGGGGCCGACAAUUCCGCUGUUAUGGCUGCGGCCGCAGUGGUUUCGAUGGGCAAAUGAUCGAUCGUGUUCGUUGUGGCUGAUCUUACCGCCGGCUCUUCUUGAGAUGAUGUUUGGAGUCAAGGUUAUAGUCACUGGGGACAAGCCUCCAAAAAGUGAGAAUUCUGUUAUCAUCAUGAACCACAGAUGCCGUCUUGAUUGGAUGUUCUUUUGGAGCUACAUGGCACGAUAUGGGGAGUUGAAGCACGAGAAGAUAAUAAUGAAACAUGAACUCAAACAUAUUCCUGGUCCCGGUUGGGCCAUGCAGAAUGCCCUUUACAUUUUCUUGUGUCGCCGUUGGGAAAAGGAUGAGAGCUACCUUAAUUCAGUCCUCAGUUACUUUGUCAACUCCUCAGAUAGUUUGCAGCUGCUCUUGUUUCCUGAGGGUACCAACUUUGAGGAGGCAAGCAAACAGAAGAGUGAUUCCUUUGCAUCAAAAAAUAAUCUUCCCUUUUACAACUAUGUUCUACACCCACGUGUUCGUGGUUUCACGUACUGCAUUGAGAAACUCCGCCAGGGAAAUCUAGAUGCUAUUCUUGAUGUCACAGUUGGCUAUUCUGAUAAUUAUUGUUUUGAAGAAGUUGAUCUACUGAAAGGAAACGUACCAAGUGAAAUUCAUUUUCACAUUCAGCGAUAUUCUAAUGAUACACUUCCACAAGAUACACAAGGUCUUGAAGAAUGGUGUUGUAAACAGUGGAAGGAAAAGGAGGAGAGACUGAAAAAAUUUUACACCCAGGAGAAACAUUUUGGCCCUCCUUCUGAAAUAGCAAGUGAACAGCAGAGUGAGGUUCAGUUAGCCGUGAGUCAUUUGUUUAAAAAAGGGCUUCUCUUCUGGCUUGUGUUCACAAUCUGUUCAUCAGUGCUUAUGUACACGUCUGCAAUGGUUAGAUGGUAUGUUUUAAUUAUUGGAAUUGUAUACUUAGUACUUUCCCUUUUGGGGGGAACAGACAAAAUAUUUCUACAGCUGAUGCGGAAGUCAACGGAUACCAAGACAAAGUAAGGAGCGAUGGUGAACAGAGUCAUGUUCAGUCCUUGGCUGAAAUAUAAUGGCACUGACUCUGGUUGUUAUUCAAGUAAAGUUGAUUUUCAGACUUGGCAAGUUUGAUGUAUUUAACAUUUUACUCCCAAGUGCUUUACAUCAAUUUUUUGUACUGUAUAUCAUAUACAUAAACUCUUUUACAAUUUGAGCUGUUUCUCUAAGAGUAUGGUGUAAAAUCAAAGUAACAUAACUUUUCUUUAGUUGAAAUGUUACUUUCUUGUUACAACCUUAAAGAUUGAAGGUGCAUUGAGUUUGCAAAGGAAAUUUCAUAACAGUGGUCACCGGUGGGUGUGGAAUUAUUUUAACUGGUAAUUGGUCAUGUACAGGUAAUUGUGUUUCAUACAAAUUAUUGAUCAAAUUGGCAGUAAACCCAUGUAGAAUAUUGCAAUAACCUUGCCUGUAAGCAAGCUCUUGAUUACAGGCAGGAAUUAAUUGUGUAGAAAGACGUACUAAGAAACUUCAACAAUGCAAUAAACUGGCAUUGAUUGAUAAAA